GGCCGCCCAGCGCGGGGAUAGCCGUGCCCGGCCGGCUGCGUGGCGCUGCCAUCUGAUAUGUGCCCGGCGGCCGGCGGCCUGGGGCGGGCUGCGCGGGGCCGGGCCCGAUGCCGGUGAUCCCCAUUCCCCGGCGGGUGCGCUCGUUCCACGGCCCGCACACCACCUGCCUGCACUCGGCCUGCGGCCCCGUGCGCACCACACACCUGGUGCGCACCAAGUACAACAACUUCGACAUCUAUCUCAAAUCGCGGUGGAUGUACGGCUUCAUCCGCUUCCUGCUCUACUUCAGCUGCAGCCUCUUCACCUCCAUCCUCUGGGUGGCUCUCUCGAUCUUGUUUUGCCUUCAGUACCUCGGCAUCCGCAUCUUCCUGCGCUUCCAGUACAAACUCUCCAUCAUCCUGCUCUUGCUGGGGCGGAGGCGGGUGGACUUCAGCCUCAUGAAUGAACUGCUCAUCUACGGGAUUCAUGUGACCAUGCUGCUGGUGGGGGGGCUGGGCUGGUGUUUCAUGGUCUUUGUGGAUAUGUAAAUAAAACCAAGCGCAUGUGGGAUCAGGA